AUGGCGUCCAUCGUGGGCGUCCUGAUAGCGUGGAAGCUCUUCGGCAUGGCUGUGUUCAUCAGGCUGAUGUUCGACACCUACCUGAGGCCAAGCGAGGCAUGCCGCCUCGCGGCGGGGAGCGUGAUGCGACCUCGACCCGACGGCGCCCUGGGAUACGGCCACUGGGCCCUGAUCGUCAGCGACGCCUGCCUCGACCGCCCUGGCAAGACAGGCGAGAUGGGCGAGAGCGUGAUUGUCGACAACCCGACCAUCUGGCCGCUCCUGGAGGCCCUGGUGCACGACAAGGGCCCGGCCGACGGCCUGUGGACCUUCGCCCCCGACGAGGUGCGGAGCGUGUUCCGUCGAGCGGCAGCUGCCCUCGGUCUGGAGACCGAGUUGACUCUCUACUCGCUUCGUCAUGGGGGUGCGUCCGACGACCUGCUGUCGCUCAGGCGCACGAGGACGGAGGUCAAGGACCGCGGCCGCUGGAGGACGGACCAGAGCCCCCCCCGCUACGCGAAGCGGGCCCGCAUGCAGCAGCGGAUUGCCAGCCUAGGCCAGAACGUCGUCGAAUUCGGCGAGCAGGUGGACAGGCAGAUGAACGACCUCAUCCUCCAGACCACGGCCUCGGGCGUCUUCCCACUGCAGGUGCCGCUGGCAGUGGCGCCGACGCCGCCUGCUGUCAGAAGCAGGCACUGCCCUGCGCUGGUGCUCGGCUGCGACGGUGGCGCGGCCCACGCCCUGCAGCGGUUGGGCUUCGGCGUCGUGCACCUCGACACGGGUCGCCGCGCAGGUGACGACAUCACCGAUCCCGCAGUGAUGCG